CACGUGUUUUAUUUCAACAUGCCGGUUUAAUUGUUGUAAAAUAAUACAAUUAAUAUAUAAAAUUAAGUGUAAAGUGAUAUAUUAAUUCAAGUAGAUAAUUGGUUUUAUUAUUUUAUGUUCAAAAUGUUUCGGAAAUUGCCUAUGAUUGUGAUAUUAGGCUCCACCGGUACGGGAAAGACAAAAUUGUCAAUUGAAUUGGCAGAACGAUACUGUGGUGAAAUUAUAAGUGCAGAUUCAAUGCAGGUAUAUGCUAAUUUGGAUAUUGCAACUGCUAAAGCUACUAAAGAGGAACAAUCACGUGCUAAACAUCACUUAUUAGAUGUGGCCACACCAGCAGAGCCGUACACCGUAACGCAUUUCCGCAAUGCAGCCUUGCCAAUUAUAGAAAAUCUUUUGGCACAUUCAAAAUGUCCCAUUGUAGUUGGUGGCACCAAUUACUAUAUCGAAUCGUUGCUAUGGGACAUUUUAGUGGAUACAAAAGCUGCAGCAGCAGCAACAACAACAAUAGCAGACGGGAAGUGUUUGGCAACAUCUUCAACAAGUGAUGCCACAAUGUCUGAGAAUUUGAAAAAUAUAAAAUAUUUAACUGAUGACGAAAUGUCGGCAACGACUUCGGAACUACUGCACAAACAUCUACAAACAAUUGAUCCAGAAGCGGCUAAUCGAUUUCAUCCUAAUAAUAAGCGAAAAAUUAUGCGUGCAAUUGAGGUAUUUCAGCAAAGUGGACAAACUCUUUCUGCCAAAUUGAAGGAACAACGUCAACAACCUGGCGGCAAUCGUCUUGGUGGACCAUUGCGUUUUCCACAUACAAUUCUAUUUUGGCUGCGCUGUAAUCAGGAUGUUCUGAAUACUCGUUUGGACAAGCGUGUUGAUGCCAUGCUGGAGCAGGGCUUAUUGCGUGAGAUACGCGCCUUUCAUAACGAGCACAAAUGCGAUAAAAGCAAUGCGGACAAUCCAUACACCAAAGGCGUACUUCAAACGAUUGGAUUUAAAGAAUUUAUACCCUAUUUGGAGCAGUUUAAUGCGGCAAACGAUCAGAAAAUUGAAGAGUACUUAAGAGCAAAUGCGUAUAAAAUGCCAACAGAAGAACACUUCAAAUCUAACAACAAAGAAAUUAAUAAAAACAACAAGAGUUCAGUAAACGACCCCACCAAUAGUAACAACAAUGAAAACAAUGAAACAUUGCCCCCUGGCUUGGAGUUAUUGAGCGCGUGUUUGAAUGAGCUGAAACUGGUCACAAAGCGCUACUCCAAAAAGCAAAUCAAAUGGAUUAACAAUCGUUUUCUUGCCACAAAGGAACGUCAAGUGCCCAAUAUCUAUGAAUUGGAUACGAGCGAUGUAAGCAUUUGGAAUGAAGCAGUUCUACAGCGUGCGACUACUGUAAUCGAUUGUUACCGUAGUGAUUUGGUUUGUGAAAUAGAACAUAUGCCAAAACGCGUACAUCCGGGUGAGGGACUCAAUGAAGAGUCAAGCCACUUUUGUGACAUCUGUGAACGACAUUUCAUUGGAGAAUACCAGUAUAAAUUACAUCAAAUAUCCAACAAACAUAAACGUCGCUUGGAAGGGAAGCGUAAAUUAUUAAAAAAAACUGAGAAGAAUUUAAAUGAAGUUAGCACAAACUUAAAUGACAAUUUCAAUAAAUUGUAA